AUGAUUCUUCUUACUGUGCUGUUCCUUUGCAUCAUUUCCACCUACUCAGCCUCUGUUAAAGGACACACUACUGGGCCAAGCCUAAAUAAUGACAAGCUAUAUAAGUUUGCUUACUCAGCUGAAGUCUAUGUUGAUCGGGUGAAAGCAUCACUGCAGAAAAGUGCAGGAUAUCGGAUUUCUUCUGGUGUAGAUGUCAACCUCUUAUGGAGAAAUCCUGACAAUGAUGAUGACCAGCUGGUCAAAAUUACGAUCAAAGAUGUUCAGGUGGAAAAUGUGAAUGAACGUCCAGCUGCUAAAAACAUCUUCACAGGAAAAAGCACAGAGAAGAUAAUUGGGAAAGACUAUCUGGAGGCUUUACAGAGGCCCAUAGUGGUUGAGUUAGUCCGUGGAAAAGUCAAAACCUUCUACUCGUAUCAAAAUGAACCUGGUUUUACUCAGAAUAUUAAGAGAGGUCUGGCUAGCCUUUUCCAGCUACAGCUGCACUCUGGCUCCUCCCGGGAGGUGGACAUUUCUGGGAAAUGCAAUACUACUUACCACGUGCGGCAAGACCAAGUGACUAAAAUAAAAGACCUGGACUCCUGUGAAAUAGAAAGGAAGAGAUUUACCAGCCACAACCGGAUCUUGGAUGUUGGUACAAAAGGCACAUCUGCUACAGUUUAUGUGUUGGAAGACAGUUUCAUUAAAUCUAUUAAGGCAGAAGAAAACUUUGUUUUCGUUCUGAAUUACCGACGAAAAACAGGUGCCAAAAUAGUUUCAAAGCAGAGGCUGGAACUGAAGUCAGUCCAAGCUGGGAUGGGACUGAUUGCUGCAAAGCAAGUUGCUGGUGUGAUCAAGACCUUGGACCCCAAUUAUGUUGCCAUGCCCCUGGAAGCAGUGCCAGUGAAAUCCGAAUGCAAAAAGUGCCCUUCUCUUUCUGAGCACUGGCAGAGCAUCAGAGAACAUAUGCAUCCUGACAAACUUUCCAAACCUGAAGCAGCAAAAAGCUUUUUGUCCUUCAUUCAGAACAUCAGAAAAGCUACAAAAGAGGAGAUACUGAAAAUUAUUAGAAGUGAAAAUAAAGAAUUUCUUCCACAGGUAGUGGAUGCUGUAACCUCAGCUCAGACACCGGAAUCACUGGAGGCUGUAUUGGAGUUUCUUGACUUUAAGGAUGCAAGCACUUUUAUCCUGCAGGAGCGGUUCCUAUAUGCCUGUGGAUUUGCUUCUCGCCCCAGUGAAAUGCUCCUGAAAUCAUUAACUGAGAAGUUCAAGGGGGAUGUCGCCAGUGAAGAAAUCCGAGAAACUCUUGUCAUUGUCAUGGGAGCUCUCAUUAGAAAGCUGUGUGACAGAGAAGGCUGCAAGCUGCCAGCUGUUGUGGAAGCCAAAAGGUUGAUUCUAAAUAGACUGGAGAAGGCCACAAAAGAUGACAAUGUGCAGAUGUACCUGCUGGCACUGAAGAACGCACUCCUUCCUGAAGCAAUUCCAGCACUUCUGAAGUAUGCUGAGUCAGGAGAAGGGCCCAUCAGCAGCCUUGCUGCCACUGCCUUGCAGAGAUACGAUCCUUCUUUUCUCACCAAAGAGGUGAAGGAAACAAUGAACAGGAUAUACCACCAGACUCGCAGGGUCCACGAAAAGACAGUGAGAACCACAGCAGCUGCCAUCAUCUUAAACAGUAACCCAUCCUACAUGGAAGUGAAAAACAUCCUGCUCUCCAUUGGGGAACAGCCUAUGGAAAUGAACAAGUACAUGCUCUCCAUGAUCCAAGAUAUACUGCACUUUGAAAUGCCUUCAAGCAAAACAGUUCGGCAAGUUCUGAAGGACAUGCGUGCCCACAACUACGAUCGCUUCUCCAAAAUGGGCUCCUCCUCUGCCUACACCGGAUAUAUCACACGUGGUCCUGAUGUGUCAUCCACAUACAGCCUCGACAUCCUCUACUCCGGCUCUGGCAUUUUACGGAGAAGUAAUGUGAACAUCCAUGUUUUCGACAGGAACACUGAACUUCAUGCCAUCCAGGUGGUGAUCGAAGCUCAGGGUCUAGAGUCCAUAAUAGCUGCCACUCCUGAUGAAGGCGAGGAAAACCUGGACUCCUUUGCUGGCAUGUCAGCCAUUCUGUUCGAUUUCCAGCUCAGGCCAGUGACAUUUUUCCAAGGCUAUGGUGAUUUAAUGUCUAAAAUGCUCUCGGCAACUGGAGAUCCCAUGAACGUGGUGAAAGGACUUGUCCUCCUCACAGAUUUCUUACAGGAAAUCCAGCUGCAGUCUGGGCCCACGGCCAGUGCAGAGUUCAUGGGUGGACUGGCCAUCGACAUCUCUGGAGGGAUGGAGUUCAGCCUGUGGUACCGGGAGUCCAAAACCAACGUCAAGAACCGGGUAGCCAUAUUUAUAGCUGGUAACACUGAGGUGGAUUCCUUCUUUGUAAAAACUGGUAUGGAAACUACUUUGGAAGCAGAAACAUCUUUAGACUUCAUCACCACAGUGCAGUUUUCACAGUACCCAUUUUUGGUCUGUAUGCAGAUGGACAGAGUGGACUCUCCAUUUAGGACUCACAUGACCAAGUAUGAGAGCCUGCCCUCUGGCAGGCGCUACACUGCCCGGAGGGGGAAAGCAGCCACCCUGGCAGGGAAUGAAUACCCGCUCCACCAAGAAAACUCCAACAUGUGCAAGAAGGUGUUCGGCACAAAGUCUGACUCUGCUGGCAGCUGGUUUUGAAGGCAGGACCUGAGCUCCUGCUUUCCUGAAUCCCUCAAUGACUUAGGCCUGCACGUACCUUACCACCAUGGAGCUUGACCUUGCACUGCUGCAGUUAAUGGGAAAUUUGCCAUUGAUUUCAACGGGCCAGGAUCAGACUCUCAG